CCUUGGCCUGCCUUUCGUCCUUCACCUCCGCGGGGCGGAGUGCAACUCAAUCUGAACUGGCUGAGCCAUGCGGAAGGCGGGUCUGCUGUUAGGUCUCUGUACACUGCCGUGGAAGUCAGUGCGGAUGGCCAGCUCCGGAGUGACCCGCCGGGAUCUGCUCGCGAAUAAAGUGGCCCUGGUAACAGCCUCUACCGACGGGAUUGGCUUCGCCAUUGCCCGGCGCCUGGCCCAGGAUGGGGCUCACGUGGUAGUCAGCAGCCGGAAGCAGCAGAACGUGGACCGAGCUGUGGCCGCACUGCAGGGGGAGGGGCUGAGCGUGUCAGGCACUGUGUGCCAUGUGGGGAAGGCAGAGGACCGAGAGCGGCUGGUGGCCACGGCUGUGAAACUUCAUGGAGGUAUUGAUAUCCUGGUCUCCAAUGCCGCUGUCAACCCCUUCUUUGGAAACCUAAUGGAUGCCACUGAGGAGGUGUGGGACAAGAUUCUGGACAUUAACGUGAAGGCCACAGUCCUAAUGACAAAGGCAGUGCUGCCAGAAAUGGAGAAACGAGGAGGUGGCUCAGUGGUGAUUGUGGCCUCCAUAGCAGCCUUCAAUCCAUUUCCUGGCCUGGGCCCUUACAAUGUUAGUAAAACAGCUUUGCUGGGCCUUACCAAGAACCUGGCCAUAGAGCUGGCCCCGAGGAACAUUCGGGUGAACUGCCUGGCACCUGGACUUAUCAAGACUAGCUUCAGCAGUGUGUUCUGGAUGGACAAGGCAAGAGAGGAAACCAUGAAAGAAACCCUUCGUAUAAGAAGGAUAGGGAAGCCAGAGGAGUGUGCAGGCAUUGUGUCUUUCAUGUGCUCUGAAGAUGCCAGCUACAUCACUGGGGAGACAGUGGUGGUGGGUGGAGGAACCCCAUCCCGGCUCUGAGGAGCUGAAUGAAGACAGUCCACAGGGCAGACAAAGGUGGGCUUCAGCUCUUGGGUGCUGUUCCAGCAUUCAUCCCCGGGCCUUUCCCACCUCUCCCCAUCACACUGCUCACCUCACAAAAUCAGUCUGCCCUGUAACAAGUUCCAGCCUUCCUGAGUCAAGGCUGGGUAUUUGGAAGAUUCCCACUGUUGCUGGGGCCUUGGAUAAAGGCCUCCCCUGAGAACACAGGGUAGACUUGCUGAGAAGGCUGAACAUACCCAGCUAAGACCAGCAAAUAUAUAUACUUUUUUUUUUCUGGGCCUCUGGAGAACUGGGAAGAUUAGGAAAGAAGAAACCUGGCAUGGAAGGAGCAGGGUUGGAAACUAACAACUUGCAAAUGAAGUGCAAAUAAAAUGCAGAUGAUUCUACUGCUUUGAA